AUGGUAGUCAAUGGUGACAUCAACAACAAUGGUCAUUAUAAUAAUAAUAAGGUCAAUGAUAAUCAACGAGUCAACGAUGGUGAUGAUGAUGAUGGAGAGAAUGAAGAAGAUGAUGAAGAUAAUGUUACCACAGUGUCAUUGGGCAGUGAUUCACAGCAACUUGAUACAGAUCUAGAUUAUGAUAAUGAUGAUAAUAAUAUCAAUGAUAAACAGAAUAAUGUAGAUGGUCAUGUUGUUGAUGAUGCUGUCAAUGAUAUCGAUAAUCUUGUUGAAGACCAUGAUGAUGUUUAUUAUGAAGAUGAUGUCGAUGUCCCCCAUCAACAACUACUACAACUACAACAACAGACAUCAAAUAACAAGUGCGGAACGUAUGCCAUUGUCUUAAUAUUAUCAGUAUUUGUAGCUUUUAUAGUUGGCAUGGUUCUAACAACACCAUCAAGUACACAAGAGACAUUGAUCAAACAAGUUUGGUCAUUGCCGCCUACAAUCCAAAUCACAACAUUCAAUCAAGCACUGGUGGACAAACAUAAUCGAUAUCAAACUACUUUGUUCCGCGAUGAUAAUGCACCGCUCAACAUUGGUAUCGGCACUGAACAGCUGAUCCAACAAUUCCAAAGUCAUUAUGCGCCACUACGUAGACGUGCCGCCUCUAAGCCACUGUCCAUUCAUCUGUCGGCACCGGCCAACAGCAAGAAUGACAUUGACCAACUCCUCAAUCAGUUCUAUCACGACCUGUUCAAGGUGGACAGCAACGAAUGUCUGGUGCGCCCAGCGCCUUUGGACAAGAGCGACCUGCAGGCGAUAAACAGGAUGGUGACCGAUGUCAACAAGAAAUGCAAGCGAGCAAUGUUCAUUAUCGAAGCUGGAAAUGCUGCAGACAUGGGCCAGCUCGAUGCAAUAUUCGACGGCGCGCUCUCUGCGCCCUCAACUCGACCAAAUGACUUUAGUAGAGUGUCGCUGCCUGCCAACCAUACCUUUAUCGUCGUAUCCAGCAUUGGACAGCAACAGUUGACCGAGUAUAUUGAUCAACAACUACCAGUGUCCACCGUCAAAUCAGAAGGAAUAAGCUCCAAUCACUUGGUGUCGUUGGAGAAGAUUCUGAUCGAUGAGACAAAGAAGCAUUGGGAACAUCGUCUUUGUACCAGGACUACAAAGAUGAUACCAUUCGUCAUCCGAACAACAAAGGAAGAAGAAAGGUUAGGUUGA